AUGUCUCUACCUUCCAACGUCCAUAUUUCCUCUCACCCAUGUCUCCAGGCAAAGCUCUCCCAAUUGCGGUCUCAGAGCACCACUCCACGCGAGACUCGGGCACUGGUCGAGGAGAUCUCAUCCAUUCUUGGGGUGGAGGCCUUUGCAAAGGGACUGGCUUUGUCUCCCGCGGGGAAGGACUCUACUCCGCUCGGUAUCGAGUACGAAACUUCCACCAUCGAUCCAGUCGAUUUGGCUCUGGUCCCCAUCUUGCGAUCUGGACUGGGAAUGGUUGAAGCAAUCAACUCCCUCCUCCCCACCGCCGUCCCAAUCUACCACCUCGGCCUCUUCCGCGAACCCGUCGGCCUCCAACCCGUCGAAUACUACAACAACCUCCCCUUCUCCAAAUCCGCCCUGUCCCCGGCCUCCCCGGCUUCUCUCGACCCGACCACCAACACCGCCGCCGCCCGUCUCGCCGUCCUGCUCGACCCCGUCAUCGCCACGGGUGCCACCGCCGACGCCGCCAUCCAGACCCUGCGCGACUGGGGCGUCCAGCGCGUGAUCAUGCUCAGCGUCUUGGGGAGUCGGGACGGCGUGCGCAAGGUCGCCGAGAGUUGGGACCAGGUCGAGGUCUGGGUGGGCGCCGUGGAUGAGAAGGUGAAUGAGAAGGGGAUGAUUGUGCCGGGUCUGGGGGAUAUUGGGGAUCGAUUGUUUGUUGCCUUGGGGAAGUAA